AGAUUCUUCUUAUCAGUUUGGCUAUGUGUUCAGGAAGGACCCUAGUUCUGUUCUUUCUCUCCUGCUUCUUGGACCCAACCGGCGUGUUGGCGCAAAACCUCACCUUCGAAUUCUCUUCCUUCACGUCUCUUCGGAACGUCACCCUCGUCGGCGAUUCCUUUCUCCGGAAUGGCGUCGUCGGCCUCACGAGAUCGUCCGACGUGCCCACGUCCAGUGCCGGAGCCGUAAUCUACAAUGACCGCAUUUCUCUCUUCGACCCACACUCAAACGCUUCCUCUUCAUUCUCAACAUCAUUCGCUUUCUCUAUCACUGACAACCUUAACAAUCCUCCUUCUCUCGUGGAUGGUUCCUUAUCAUUCUUUCUAUUUCCCAGCAACCACACUCUUUGGAGCAUCGGCGGAAAGAUGGGUCUCCUGAAUUCCUCCCAGUUGACCCGAUCCAACGUCGUUGCCGUCGAAUUCGUCCCCAGUGAUAAUCGCGUUGAGUUGGGUUUAAACGGCGUUGCUUCUAUCAAUACCACCGGGGAUACCAUCUCUCAGGGCAUUGAUCUCAAGAGUGGGGAAUUGAUCACAGCUUGGAUUGAUUACGAGAGUGAAAAGAGGAAGCUUCAGGUGUUUUUGAGUUAUAAUAAUUCGACUUCAAACUUCAAGCCUGAGAACCCGGUUCUGAAUGUUGAUGAUCUUGACCUCUCUGGGUAUAUCAAGGAGAUAGUGUACGUGGGAUUUGCUGCUUCCGCCGAGGGAAGCACUGAGCUUCAUCAGCUUGUGAACUGGAGAUUCCAGAGUAAUGGAUCUCUUCCUGCAACACCACCAAAGUUCCAUGCUCAUAACGUCUCUGGUAGCUGGGUGAGUGCAACCGUGGACAUUCAUAAUAAGUCCUAUAAUCAUUCCAGCAACAAGCAUGAUAAGAGGCUUGGAUUAGGUAUAGCCAUUGCUGGUCCAGCUUUUUUCUGUGUAGUCUUGGUAAGUUUGGGCUAUUUUUCUGUACGCAAAUGGAGGAAUGGCAGAACAUUGAAGAGGGUGAAAACUGAUUUAAUGUCUUGUCCUAGGGAAUUUAGUUACAAAGAAUUGAAAGUGGCCACAAAAGGGUUUCACUCGAGUAGGAUCAUAGGCCAAGGAUCAUUUGGAACAGUAUAUAAAGCCUUGUUUCUACCUUCAGGAGCCAUUGCUGCUGUGAAGAGGUCAAGACAAUCUCAUGAUGGCAAAACAGAAUUUCUAGCUGAACUGUCCAUCAUAGCAGGUUUGAGGCACAAGAAUUUGGUUCAGCUCCAAGGUUGGUGUGUUGACAAGGGGGAAUUGUUGCUUGUGUAUGACUUCAUGCCCAAUGGAAGCUUAGAUAAGAUGCUCUACCCAGAAUCCGAAGGAAGCCAGAACUUGUUGAACUGGUCUCGUAGACUUAAUAUUGCCAUUGGGUUGGCUUCUGUUCUGACUUACCUCCACAAAGAAUGUGAAAAAAGAGUCAUUCACAGAGACAUUAAGACCGGAAACAUAUUGUUAGACGCAAAUUACAACCCAAGGUUGGGGGAUUUCGGAUUGGCGAAGCUGAUGGAUCAUGACCGAAGCCCAGUUUCAACAUUAACAGCAGGAACAAUGGGGUAUCUGGCGCCUGAGUAUCUUCAAUAUGGAAUGGCGACUGAGAAAACUGAUGUUUUUAGCUAUGGUGUGGUUGUUCUCGAAGUGGCAUGUGGGAGGAGGCCAAUUGAAAGAGAAGGCCAAAACAUGGUCAAUUUGGUUGAUUGGGUAUGGGGUUUUCACUCUCAAGGGAAGAUAGUUGAAGCAGCAGAUAAAAGGUUGAAUGGGGAGUUUACAGAGAAAGAGAUGAAGAAACUUUUGCUCUUGGGGUUGAGCUGUGCAAACCCAGAUAGUGCUGAAAGGCCUUCUAUGACCAGGGUUUUGCAGAUUCUCAGCAACGAUGAACCAGCAAGCACACUUGUUGUGCCAAAGGUGAAACCAUGCCUCACCUUCUCUUGUGGCCUACCUUUGAGUCUCGAUGAGAUUGUUUCAGAUAGUGACGUGGAGUCCAGUACUGAGAAAUCCUUGUGUGAGAUAAGAAUUGGCUGAAAAACUAAACGUGGAGUCAAUCAUUUGAUUUCUUGAUUUUUGUGGAUGAUUAUUAUUCAUUAGGGAAGGUCAUUGUUUAGGAACUGGAGUUCAAAACUCAAUCUAUUGAACUUCAAUGUCUCGUGUAUUAUUCACGAUGUAGGAGCCUAGUCAUAUAACGAAACUGACCUUCUUUUUUGGGUCAUAUGAUCAUAUAUCCCUCUAAGAUUCUCUUAUAAAGUGAGCUAGAAUUGCUGAAGAGGAGAAGAAACAGGGAGCAAAAAUAAAGAGUAUGUCUGGAUUUUUGUUUGUAAGAUCCAUUGCCAAGAGUGUAUUUGAAACCAAGUCCUGUGUAG